AUGCCAGCAGUUACUUCCACAACGGCUGAAGAGCAAAAUGAUGCUAAUCAGAAAAUGUGGAAUGCGCUCAAAAGAUAUAUAAUACGAGAAAGACAACGAAAAAAAGAAGAAUAUGAAGCUGAAGUUGAAGAAGAAAGGUUGAGAAAAGAGCGUGAAGCAAGGGAAAGACAAGAUGUUAUGACUUUAGAAGAAACAAAAGAGCAAAUAGACCAACUGGAACAAAAAUUGAAACAUCUUGAGAAAGAGAAGCAACAACUCUUUAUGCAAUUAAAAAGAGUGCUUAAUGAGGAUGAGAAUAGGAAACGACAACAACAAAAGGAAACAAAUGAAAUGCAACCAAUGAAGAUGCCGAUGGGCAAUAUUCAUAUUCCAAUGUUUGCAAUGCCAACUUCGACUGGACAAGGAGAACCGCCACCUACCCAGGGUAGACCACCUCCGCUCACAUCACAUAUGUUGAACAAAAAUAAGCACUCAAACUACAUGUUGUUUCCGCAACAGCAGAGUCUGGUCCGGCCGAUACAGUCCAGUGUGAAAAGACAGAGAAGUCCAUCCCCCACAUACGCUCUGUACGCACACAGGAUUCAUCAACCGCCUAUGAAACAUCAAGCUGUUUAUUCUGAUCAUAAAGUAGAGGAUGGUCGGAUGGGCCGCCAAAUGGCGCGCGCAGUUCUUUGGAACAAGCACACACCGUCGCAGUACGGUUCAAGCGGUUCCGGCGUAUCUUCGAGCGGAUACUACGCGAUGCCCACUUCUGGGGUAGUGGGAGUGGUUACCGAACGUCCUCCACCCCUCCUCUACGCCCACCACGCCCACACCCCCCACGCCCACACCCCACACACCCCCCACACGCCCCACCAACCCCAUCAUACAAAUCUGAUGUAUGCCCCCGCGCAGCCUAUGUACUUGGAUAUGCUCAAGAAUCGCGACGGUCAACAACAUGCUGAGCCUAAAAAGGAAGCUCAGCCGCAAGUUCUUAUCGGGCUCAGCGAGGCUCACCACCCGUCGGUCAGCAGCGGCGUGGUGUACGCACAGCCUCCCCCCUCCAGCCGACACCUCGCCAUACACCCCGCGCCUCAGCAUUCGAACAUGCAGUCAACAAAACCUGGCAGCAUUACCCAAGGAUAUCCGGUACAACAAAAUAACCCUAAUGUACAGAAUAAUAUGUAUCCAAAUAGACAUCGGUAU